CUGUGUAUUUAUAGCGAGCACCCACUCAUGUGUUGCUCUGUACAUGCGUGUACCUCUCAGUGCCUCCAGUAAGGCUUCAAUAGUGAAGGCGAAGUCAAAGGCAAAAGAAGUGAUCGACGAAAGCCAGCCGGCGUACUACAAAACAAAGAAGGGCUUUGGUGGGUCUUACAGUAUGGUGGCGAUCCCAAGGCUUGACGAUGACAUGGCGGCGAUCAGUACGAAGAUGGAAGCGCAAGCCAGGCCGAAAAUUAGAGGGCAGAGGCCGAUAACUGGUUCAGAGAUGAGCUUGUACAAACAAGCCAAAGAGGCCAAAAAUCGCAGGGAGGUGAAAGGUCACGUCACAAGCGCCAGCAACGUUCAACGGACGAACUCAUCCACAAACAGCUAUCUGCAAGGACCCAGUACAACCGCAAGCAGCGGGCACAAUGAUGAUGCAGCAGACGCCAUCACUUCUGUGCCUAUACCAAAGAAGAAAUAUAGCCUUGACGGUUUACUGGCCAAGCAGGAAAACUCUUCUAUCACGCCAGUAACUGACGCCUCUAGUGGAGGCGAUCCCAUGGACAUAGAUACGACAAGGACCUCACCCUUGCCCUGGAAGAAGGGUGAUGAUAGCGGAGUCGAGUCAAAUGGAAACAGCAGUAGGAAAGUCGACGGCGACAUUGGUCGAAGGAACUCUGGUACGGGCGAGAAGGAUAAGGAGAGAGGAAGCAAGUACGGACAGUAUGGCAGCAGCAGCAGCAGCAGCGGGGGUACCGGAAAUCCUAGUGGUUACAGAUCGUCUGCACUUCGCCGAGAGGACUCACGCGAUUCGGCAACUGACCGAGAUGUGCAUAGGGGCAGAGAUAGGGGCGGAUACAAAGACCGGGAGAAAGAGAGGCCCAGGGAUAAGGACCACCACCGAACCAGCACGUCCAAAGACCGAGACAGGGACAGGGACUCGUAUCGAGCGCAUCGAGAGAGAGACCGUAGCAGGGAUGGAGACAGGCUUGGGCGUAGAGACAGUAGAGAUAAUGAGAGGUAUGGUAGCAGAGAUAGUCGUAGUGGUAGUCGAACUGAGUCCAGUAGGAAUGAGAAGCUGGCUGUGCCUGCACCCACUCCAGAUGACUUGUUUGCGGCGACCGCACGAGCGCCGAGACGAUCCCAACCCCCACCUCAAAGUACUCCGGCAGCGCACACGGCCAAGCCGAAGUACAACGGUGGGAUUUCUCAGCGAGGAAGCACUAUCACACCUACACUAACACCCUAUCACUCGGUAACGCCUGGAGCGAAGCCAGAGCAAUCUAAUACAACCACGAGCACCCCGUCUGCGCUCGACACUCUCUUGGGUAUCAAGAAGGCGAAUGACGAUGCAAUAGACGUAGAUAAGGAAUCACGUGGUGCUACAACAGACGUCUGGCCGUCACUUCUCCGCACCGGAACCAAUGAUGAGAAUGGCCCGAAUACCCUGGCCACCAUACUGUGCCCUGAGGAUUUGGAACUCAACAUCAAUGUGAUCAGUGCACCGGUGCCGGCGAGCGUGAAAUCUGUGUUUGGGUUUCGCAGUGCCGCAGCGAAAAUCAGAGACAGUGAAUCCCAGGAGAACACACCAGCAACCGCAGCCUCAGCCUCGGGCGAGGCUGGCGCGAAUAUGACUGAGACUAAGAGUGGGAACACUCUGGGUCCACGCGGCACAGUGGGACAUCUGGGCACGCUCAAGAUAAAGAAGAAGGCUGUGAGAGUGGGCAGGAUACAAUUCGAAGUCCCGGGCAAGCUGGAGAGAGUGAAGUAUUUCGAAAGGGACGAGACUCCGAAGCAGUUCUACCGUAGUGUGCGGGGUGAACAAGCAGGUGACGGCCAGGCCAUCAAGCGAAAGCACAACGUGGAAGCUCUCAUUGAGCAGCAAUUGCGAGAUAAUCAGAUAAAACUUGAGAAGAAGUACCGAACUCCCAAGGUGGAGUGGAGCGCACCCCCACUUCUUGACUUGAGCAAGGUGUACGAAUCUGCUGGUGAUUCACACGUGCUUGGUACUGGCCAGGACUCCCUGGAGAGGGAAGUGCAGAGAAUACGGGAGAACACUGAGAUGAGCGCAACCUAUCUCGCAGAUGCACAGGUACCGCCCAAUCCCGCGCCGCCCAGUGCAGCGGACAGUCAACCAUCGUCCGGUCUACACACGAAUCCACCGACAAUGAUUAUCUAUCAGCUCGACGCCGCAUCAGUCGCGGCUGUACCGAACAUCAUCGAGCAGGCACAAGCACUUGACCAGGGAGCUGUUUUGAAUACGCCAAACUACGUGGCCGACUCGCCUGGCCCUGCACUACCACCCAGUACACAACUACCGAACCGGCAAGACUCUCCUAUGGGCUAUGCAAGUCCUGCGAUGACGACGGUGGCCACCCAAACGGCACCCACAACCAACAACACUACCGUCGAUCAAUCUGACCGGAGCGCGUCCUCCGAGAAUGCGGCAGAACCUGAAAAUCAGAAUUCGCCUCAGUCCAAGGCACCGUUGAGGUGCUCUGCAGAGACAAAUCCAAAUUCUAGCUUCACUAGGCAAAGCCAAUGCCCAACCAGCCGCAGUAGCACCACCACCUCAGGAUUCAAAUCCGCCCUACAUGCCCCCGCCAGCUCACAGAGGGUCUGGUGAUGGAGGCGGUGGUAACUACUAUGCAAGUGCUGGCGAAAGUUACACACCCAACAAGGCACCCAGUGGACCGCCCCCGAACGCGCCGCCAUCAUCGCUUGAUAUGUAUAAUAAGGUCCCACCUAGAAAUGACAGCUACAGUGCGGUGCGCGGCAAUGCCGGGCCACCGGGAGCGUACAAUGAGCCAGAAAACAGGAAUAGGCCGAGCUAUUCCGGACGAGAUAGUAUCACUUACCGGAAAGAUCAGAAUCAGGACAUGAAUAAUAGUCCGGCUGAUAGACAUUACCAACCCGGUGGAUACCAGGACGACCGUAACGGCAACGGGUAUGAACCAUCGGGCCGUAGGGAGUACUUCGAGGGACCUCCCAGAGAAGGUCCGCCCCGAGACUUUAGACCGAAGAAUAAUUACAACGAGAAUCCGAAUGCAAGCUAUAUGAAUAAUAAUUACAAUGAACACAAUAACAUGAAUAAUACCAGGCAUAUGGGUUUCAAUAACCAUCCUAAUAACAAUGUACCAGGCUAUAGAGGUCGGGGGCGAGGCCGUGGAAGGGGCCGGGGCGGGAGAUGAUAACGGCGCUGAGUCUUCGGCGAGCAUCUCUCACAAUAUGGAAUCCAACAGUGAAUGGAAUAACCACCUUUUUAAUUAGACGAAUUCAAAUCGAGGCAAUCAGCACCAGAUUUCGCAACAAAUGAGACACCACUAGCUAGAGGCACUCUGACUUGCGUACCGAACUCGAGCGACAGUAUAGUCCGAAAGGCUUAUUAAGAACGUCAAAUAUCGAUUUUCGUCGGAUGCCAUAUGUCGAUUCUCCUUUAGACGAGGAUCCGAAUAUACGGACUUGAAGUAAUCAAAUCUUCAAUGAUGGGGGCUUAUUUCCUGGAUAGUAAAGUGCACUAUCAUAAUGGGACGAUAAGUACACAAUUUCCACGUAUUAAACAUAGUAAAACCACAAUCCCAAGCUCGUGUCGAAGUAUAUUCAGAAUCUGACAUGAAAGCGGAACAAACUUGAUCGAAC